AUGCCAACAGAAAGCGACGAUUCAAGCGAGAGCGUUGCUCUGGCUGUACAAAGGAUUUUUCACGAUUUGCAGUUUUCUGAUUACUCAGUAGAUGCAAAAAAAUUAACGGAAACUUUCGGUUGGGGAACAUUGGAUUCUUACACACAAUAUGAUGUACGAGAAUUUUUAUACCGGCUGUUACAUGAUUUGGAAAGAAAAAUGAAAGGAACAUGUGUAGAAAAUACAGUUCCAAAAUUAUUUGAAAGCAAAAUGGAGUCGUUUAUCAAAUUUCCAAAUUCCGAUUGCAAAUCGACUAGAGCUGACACUUUCUAUGAUAUACAGUUAAAUAUUAACGGCAAGAAAAAUAGUAAAUAG